ACAGAGGGAUAUAACCAGUUCGUGCAGCCGAUCUGGCAGAUCACUCUCUGGGCCAUCGCCUACUGCAGCAUGGUGUGCGUCUCCGUGAUCGGUAACCUGGUGGUCAUCUGGAUCAUCCUCGCGCACAAACGCAUGAGGACUGUGACCAACUACUUCCUGGUGAACCUAGCCUUUGCAGAGGCGUCUAUGUCUGCCUUCAACACAGUGAUAAACUUUGCAUACAGCGUCCAUAACGAGUGGUACUUUGGUUUGGGCUACUGUCGGUUCCAUAACUUCUUCCCCAUUGCAGCAGUCUUCACCAGCAUAUACUCCAUGACCGCCAUAGCACUGGAAAGGUACAUGGCUAUCAUCCACCCCCUGAGGCAGAGGUUGUCUUCAGCAGAGACCCGUGUAGUGAUCGGAGUGAUCUGGGUGUUAGCUCUACUAUUGGCCUUGCCCCAGUACUACUACUCAGCUACUGACCAGCUGCCUGGUAGGACUGUUUGUUACAUCCAAUGGCCUGAAUACACCAAUGACACAACCAUGGACUUCAAAAAGAUGUACUCUGUGUCUGUGGUGUUGCUGUACUACUUCCUGCCGCUGUGCAUUAUGGGAUGUGCCUACCUGGUGGUGGGCUCGUCCCUGUGGGCAGGGACUAUCCCUGGAGACUCCACCCACCGCUACCGAGAGCAGCUAAUCGCCAAACGCAAGGUCGUGAAGAUGAUGAUCGUGGUGGUGUGUACGUUUGCAGUGUGCUGGCUGCCUUACCACAUCUACUUCCUGCUCCAGCAGUUCCACCCUGACCCCAUGCAGCUGUUUGAGUGGCGCUACAUCCAGCAGGUCUACCUGGCUGUCCUGUGGUUGGCCAUGAGCUCCACCAUGUACAACCCUAUCAUCUACUGCUGUCUCAAUGACAGGUAG